AGCGGUAUGUCCCCACAAUACACACCUACCGCGACAAUGCGCGUGCUGGUUGUCACUGCGAGGACUCCAGAUAAAAUCCAGGUAUUCAAAACCCUAAAUCCCCAAUUGUCCAACUUCCCCAAAUCCUGAUCUCCUGCGAUCCAAUUCGUACAGGAAAGAGGUAGAUCAUGAAGCGGAAACAAGCAUUCCCGGGAACGGGAAGGGGAAGGCCACGAAAAAAUCCGGCUCCGGGUGUGGUCAGUGAAAGAGUGGUCAGUGAGAGAGUGGUCAGUGAAAGAUUGGUCAAUGAGAGAGUGGUCAAUGAGAAUGAGAAAGCGUUCUUGAGUUUUGUUAACCAGAACGUUGAAGAAGAAAGAAAUGAUUUUGGGUGGAAUCAAUCUGAUGAUGAAGACCGUGAUGAUGAGGAUUGUAACCCUGAAUUGGAGAAUGAUUCGGUUAGUGAUCCUUCUUCAAUGGAGAGUGACUGGUCAGAUGGUGAUCAAAAUGUAAGCACUGUGGUGCAGAACUUGCUUAGCAGGUAUGGUGAAGGUGAUCUCCAGAUGGGAAACUCAUCCAACCAGAACGAUCACGCACAAAAUAUGCCAUUGACCGUCUUAGGUUCUUGGAGUAGAGUCCAGAAUGAGCAAGUAAUGCCGUUGCAGGAUCCUCCCUGUAACAAGAAAGAAUUGAGUGCUGCCUUGGCGGUCAUUAAGAAGGUUAUGAAAAUGGAUGCAGCUGUACCUUUCAACACUCCCGUGGAUCCAGUUGCUAUGAGAUUACCUGAUUACUUUGAUGUCGUAGAUACACCAAUGGAUUUUGGAACUAUAUGCAGCCAUCUUCAAAAUGGUACCAAGUAUAUGAAUGCGGAGGAUGUAUUCAAGGAUGUCCAAUGCAUUUGGAAGAACUGUUGCAGCUAUUACAAUGAGGGUAACUUUGUUUUGAACCUUAUGAAACGCGUGGAGGAGAAAUUCAUGAAAUAUUGGACAGCUGCUGGUUUGUGCAGUAAAGAACCCGGGGCAAGUAACCUUUUACUAAGCUCUAAUGUGGGGAAAAGGAAGACGCGAGGACCUACCCGUAACCUUAGACUAGCUCAACUUCCUAUCGGGGAAAGAUUUGAACUCAGCUGGAAGAACCGGAGACCCGUAGGUCAAACCACCACUUUCUUCAAAUCAGAGUGUACAGCCCUGGUUAGGCAAACCCGGGAGAUACCCCUACAGGUUAAGUCAUGGAAGGAAAUCCCAUCUGAUAUUAAACAGAAGGCAUUUGAACAUAUUUUGAAGCGUUUCAAAGUCGAAGAUCACAUGAAAUGGGUUUUGGAUCAGAUUCAUAGAUCCUACAACAGUUAUCGGCAUCAUCUGAAGACGACGUGGUUUGAAACAUGUGAGACGACUGAGGAAGCACGUGAAAAAGUACCACCAAAUGUUACAGAGGAGGAUUGGCAGUAUCUUGUAAACUUGUGGACCUCACCUGAAUGGCAGAAAAUCAGUAAGCAAUACAAGGAGAAUCGUUCCAAGAAUACCAUAAUUCACACGUGUGGGUCCAAGAGUUUCUCGCAAGUCCUCGAGGAAGAGAAAAAGAAGACUGGAAAUGAGCCUGGCCGUACACUUUUCUGGGAACGCACCCAUGUUCGGCCUGAUGGACAGGCUCCAAAUCCAGCUACACAGGAGGCAUUGUCAAAGCUCAAGAAAUUGUAUGCUCAAAUGGCUGCGGAGAACUCACAGAUGACAGAAGACGAGAUUUUUGUCAAGGUUUUUGGACCUGAGCGUCCCUCGAGAUUACGUGGUUACGGUGGUGUAACCCCAAAAGAGUUAUGGGGAACACCGUCAUCGUCAUCGUCAUAUACUGUUAGUGAACUCAAAAGGCAACUUGAAGAAGCAAAGCAGCGACAAGAAGAGUAUGAACAAAAGAGUGCUGCUGAGAUACAGGGCUUGAAAGAGCAAUUUGGUCGUCUUGAGGGUUUGCUAUCAGAUCAAAUGAAUAGGUUUGAAGGUUUACUAGUACAGUUGACGAGUCAUAUGCAGCCCCCUUCCCCGAUCGAGAGGCCUACUGGAAAUCUACUCACCCGAAAUGGCCAUUCACGGAGUUUCCGAUCCAGAAGAUGAAAUCUCAUCACUUAUCAGCUAUGCUUGUGUCCUGUUGGGUCAAAUAAGGCUGUUAGCGGAAAUUCAACCUAGAUACCGCAGCAAUGGAGAAAGGGUUGGCGAGCGGUCGCCG